GCCAUUUUAAUUACCUGUAAUUUGCGCCAUCAAAAGGUACAUUUAAGGACGUAUGUAAUUUGCGCCAAAAUAUAAAAACAUAACAUGUAUUUUGCGCCACAUAUACAAAUUAAUUUUGGUAAUUUGCGCCACGACAGAAAACGAAAAGGAAUAUGUAAUUUGCGCCACACUUUUAACUUCAGUAUUGCUGGAAUUUACCAGAUAAAUUUACUGAAAUAAUCACAUAGGAUAUACAAUAGUCAAUAAUACGUAUCGACGUGUAUCCAAUAUAAUAUUGUUGUGUUCUACUGAUAAUAGACAUAUCAUCUCUAUUAGAUUACGUCUAAUCUAACGAAAAUUUUCAAUCUAUUGUUACAUAUUGUUAAUAUUGAACAGCAAUGUCGCGAAUCGUGAUAUUUACAAUUAGUCCGAUAUAAAUCGCGUGUGCGUUCAUGUUAUUUAUUUUAUUUUAAAAUUUUAUAAAAAUAUAAGUAAUGGAAAAUAGUACAAAUAUUGGUGAAAUUAUUAAAAGCACCAGAGGUAAAGAUUUAUUAUUAUUUUCAAAUUUUACGUAUCGCAAAGUGCAUGAAUCGAAAAAUGCUUCAGUACGAUGGCGUUGUACUGUCAGAACUUGCACUGCAAAAGUGUAUACUUCUAUAGAAAAUAUUGUAGAAAUAGUUGAAAUUGUAAAUGAACAUAACGGGCAUGAUCAACCAAGUAUAGACAGAAAAAUGUUUUCAAACGGAUGUAAGAGAAAAGCUGUGGAAAAUCUGUAUACUAAACCAAGUAAGAUAUUACGAACUGAAAUUUCUGAAAAUAUAUCUAAUUUACAAACUAUCACUACUGAUGAUAUAUCACUAGUUCGACGUAAUAUUUAUAACGCCCGUAGAAAAAUGGUGCCACCAUUACCUAAAACAAUGGAAGAAUUGCAAAAUAGUAUAAGCAAUUUAAAUUUGAAAACGGACCUCAAUGAGCAAUUUUUAUUAAUAAAUGAUCCGAACUGUCAUAUAAUAAUAUUUUCAUGUGACACAAAUUUAAAAGUUCUAUGCGAAUCUGAGAUUAUAUAUAUGGAUGGAACUUUUGAAUAUUGUCCCAAGUUAUUUACGCAAUUGUUUUCUUUGCAUGGUUUAUGCAAUGAUCAUUAUAUACCACUAUUAUUUGCAUUACUUCCAGACAAAAAAACUUCAACUUACGUAAAUUUAUUUAAAAAUAUCAUACAUUUGUGUAAUGCACGUGAACUUUCUCUAAAACCAAAUUUAUUUAUAUCUGAUUUUGAAGAAGCAAUUCAUGUAGCAUUGAGACAAGUCUGGGAUGACACUAAAAUAUUUGGUUGUAGAUUUCACCUAACUCAGUCGUGGUAUAGAAAAAUUCAGGAAUUAGGAUUAUCCAACGUAUAUCAAAACAAUAAAACAGAAGAAAGCAAGUGGCUAAACCAUACAUUUGGGUUGCCAUUUAUUUCUCCAAAUGAAGUCAGUAACUGUUUUAUUGAAGAUUUUAUGUCAUCGAUUCCUAAUGACAUAAGAUUUCAAAAAUAUACCGAUUAUUUAGUUGACACAUAUAUCUGUGAAGAGGCUAAAUUUCCACCAAUAAUUUGGGCUGCGAAUAUCGCGUCACUAUCUCUCACUACUAAUGCUUGCGAAUCAUAUCAUUCACGUUUCAAUUCCGAGUUCUAUCACCCACAUCCUACUAUUUACCACUUUUUGGAUGUACUGAAAGGAUUUCAAACCGAAACAUUGAUUAAAAUUAAAAUUAUUUCAAGUGUUGUGAAGUUUGUAGAGACUUAUAAAAUAUCAAUUUAA